GGACUGAAAGUACUUAAAUUAUUAAACGGGUGGAAUAAUAGCCAUUAUUAUGUCUAAAUUGGUUUUCUUUGUUACCGUUCUUGGACUUAUUGCUACGGGAUAUUCGCUACCAAACCCUAAUGUGCGCAUAGUAGGGGGCCAAGAUGCGCCCGCUGGCCGUGUGCCCUACCAGGUGUCCUUACGGGUAUUUGGCUCGCAUUUUUGCGGAGGAAGCAUUCUCAACAAGCGAUGGGUGCUGACUGCUGCGCAUUGUACUGAGAGCACGGCUCACUGGCUGAUCUCAGUAGUGGUGGGCACUACGAGUCUAUCUAAGGGUGGGGUCCGUUACUCUGUGGACUUGGUCUCCGUGCACGAAAACUAUGACAGCCAGGUGAUCACGCAAGACAUCAGCCUCAUCCGCGUGUCCAAAAACAUCGUGUUUAACGCCUUAGUGCAACCCAUCGCACUGCCGGACUCCGACACUGAAGCCGGAGCGCCUCUGUUCCUGAGCGGCUGGGGCCGGAUCGCAUACCCAGGCAACCUUCCUGACCAACUGCAGAUGAUCAACCUGACCGCGUUGAGCGUACAGGACUGCCAAGAGCGUUUGGCCAGCAUCAACCCGGUGUUUGAGUCCCAGAUAUGUUCCUUGACUCAGGCUGGCGAAGGAGCUUGCCAUGGCGACAGCGGGGGGCCUCUAGUGGAAGGGGGGUGUGUAGUGGGGGUGGUGUCGUGGGGCAUGCCGUGCGCGCGCGGCUACCCCGACGUGUACACACGCGUGUACUCCUAUACAGCCUGGAUACUCGAGCGGAUCUCGACCGAUGAGUAGCCAUGGAAAUUAAAUAUAGACGCAUUUUUGUAUUAAUUUUCAAAAUACUAUUUUAUAAUUCCUGCGGACAUACGAGUAAUGAACGUGGUUAAGAGGGAAGAAUAGCUUUGCGAUCCUAACGAAAUAACGGUACUUUUUCUAUGAAAUUUAAUUUCCGGAGAAAACUUUUUCUACUAAAUUGAUUUGAUUUGAAAUGGAUAUAAGGAUAUAACGAAAUGGUGUAAACGUCAGUUUUUCAAAGAGACGGACCGCUUUUGGUCCUUAACCAGAGUUGCAGAAGAGUUGUAUGUAGUUGAGUUUUGGAGUUGCAGGCGUAUAUAGGCUACAGAGACUGCUUACCAUCAAGCGGGCCGUAUGUUUGUUUUCCACCGAUGUAGUAAAAAGCCACGUUCAUCUUACGUUCGCUGUAUUAGCUUAUUAUAGUAUUGAAAGAGGGACCUGUUUCUCGAAUAUUAGAUCAGAACUAGGGUUCGCAAUCUGGAUCCGAAAUGAAUGAAAUUAUCCGGAUCUACGGAUCUUCACAUAUAUUUCAGAUCCGUCGUGCAAACCCUAAUCAGAGCCCUAAAAAUAUAAAAGUGUAGAUGUUACAACAGUCGUACUCGUAUACCUACUGUUUGUCUUAUAGUUUCUGAUGAAUAAAAGUAUUUUAAAUAUUUG